CGGGCGCUUUUUCCCCGCGCCGUAGCUGUGUGCCCCUCGGACCUCCAGCAGCUCUGGAAGGAGGUCACGGCUGCCCAGCCCGUCGAGGACAGCAUUAAGCAAGAAGGUCUCGACCUCACCACCAACACCUCCAACUCUACCUCGUUUUCGGCCGCCAAGGUCUCGCCUCCCAUUUCCCAUCACCCUCUGCCCAAUGGACAGAACACCAUGCACACGCCGAGAAGGGACAGCUCUUCCCAUGAAGAGACCCCCGGCUCCCACCCGCUCUAUGGCCACGGAGAGUGCAAGUGGCCCGGCUGCGAAACCCUCUGUGAGGACUUGGGACAGUUUGUCAAACACCUCAAUACAGAACAUGCACUUGAUGACCGAAGCACGGCCCAGUGUCGAGUCCAGAUGCAAGUGGUACAGCAGCUGGAAAUACAGCUGGCAAAGGAGAGCGAGCGUCUCCAAGCAAUGAUGGCCCAUCUUCACAUGAGACCUUCAGAGCCAAAGCCUUUCAGCCAACCUCUGAACCUGGUCUCCAGUGCCACCCUCUCCAAGAGCACUUCCGACACGUUCCCCGAUGGCUUACCUCAUCCCCCCACCUCCGCCACGGCGCCCAUCACCCCCCUCCGGCAGGGCCCCUCCGUCAUCAGCUCUUCCACUUUACACAACGUGGGGCCCAUCCGCAGGAGAAACUCGGAGAAGUUCUGCACCCCAAUAUCUUCAGAACUUGCACAGAAUCACGAGUUUUACAAAAACGCGGAUGUCCGGCCGCCCUUCACGUACGCCUCGCUCAUCCGGCAGGCCAUCCUGGAGACCCCCGACAGGCAGCUAACGUUGAACGAAAUCUAUAACUGGUUCACGCGGAUGUUUGCCUACUUCCGGAGGAACACGGCCACCUGGAAGGCCGAGCGGGAGGAUGGCGGUGGGCAGGAGCGGUCAGCGGUGCCCCGGCCAGUUUUGGUGCUGGCCAUGGCCCUGCGUCGGUCUGGAGUCCCCCUCACGGCACGGCUGCCGCACUGCAAGCCAUCGCUGCUGGGAGCAUCAUCGCUGGGAGCAUCAUCGCUGGGAGCAUCGCCGCUGCCCCGGCCAGGCCCACGGGGACACCCCCGG